CACAGUGGCGGGGCUUUACGGGAUUGCUUCAUCUGGCUGUCCAUCUAGCCUGCUGUGGCCCUGCCCUAUUACGGACGGUGGCAGAGUCACGUGAGCGAGAUUCCGAGAAGAGUGCACAUGCGUAUUCCAGCUCUGGGUUCUGACUGCUCCAUGCUAGGGAAGCUUGCGUGGUCCGUGGAAGAGGGAGGGCAGGAAUGCCCGCCGGCCUGUCAUUCGUGGGUUUCUCUCUCCAGACUCUUUUGCGGCAGAGAAGUGGCUGGCGGAAGCCUGCUGAGCGGCAUCUUGCUGAGCAGUUUGGCAUCUUGGAGUGGCAGCAGCUAUUGUCCGGUUUAGUGGCCUCAGCUUUAGUGCAAGGAGAAGGUGGUGCAGGAUUUCCCCCCCAAGGAAGGGAGUACAACCCAGGAGAGUAUCCCUGCUCUGCAACCUUUCAUCCAGCUCCAGGGCUGUAGUGAAGCCAGUCCUUUUCCCAGCUGGGCAGAAAGGACAUGAAUGAAGUCAGAGUAAUGAGAAAACAAAAAGGAUGGGCAAGCAUGGGAGAUGUGGUCCUGACACGUCAGGAGAAGGAUAUAGCUCUUCCCCAAGUCAGCAACAUAGAGGAGAAAGAAGGAGGGACUUCUGGAGUCCUGGAUACCAGGUUUCAGGAAUCUUUGACAUUCAAGGAUGUAGCUGUGGAGUUCACCUGGGAAGAGUGGAGACACCUGGAUCCUGCACAGAGGGCCCUGCACAGGAAUGUGAUGUUGGAGAACUAUGAGAACCUGGUCUCCAUAGGGAUUCCAGUUUCCAAACUAGAUUUGUUCUUCCUGUUGAAGAGAGAAGAUGUACAGAAUGAAGAGGGAGAAGCUGGGACAGGUACUUGUAUAGAAGGAAAGAUCAGACUUGAAGUGAAAGAGAUGACUGCAGAGCUAAGCCUGUCUGGGGAAGAAACUCAGAAGCAAAGAUGCAUUGGUGAUGGUGCCUGUGAUUCCACUUGGAGAGAAAACUUGGAUGUACAUCAGAAAAUCGACACUGGAGGGAAACCUUACGAAUGUAAUCAGUGUGGAAAGGCUUUUACCCAGAAGGCUGGUCUUAUCAGACAUCAGAGAAUCCACACUGGAGGGAAACCUUACGAAUGUAAUCAAUGUGGUAAAACAUUUGAAAAGAGAGCUUAUCUUACUGUACAUCAGGGAAUCCACACUGGAGAGAAACCUUUUGAAUGUAAUCUGUGUGGAAAGGCUUUUAUACUGAGAGCCAGGCUUACUGUACAUCAGAGAAUCCACACUGGAGAGAAACCUUUUGAAUGUAAUCAAUGUGGAAAGACUUUUUCACAGAAGUCUCAUCUUACUGUACAUCAGAGAAUCCACACUGGAGAGAAACCUUUUGAAUGUAAUCAAUGUGGAAAGGCUUUCAGAGGUAGGGACGUUCUCAUACUACAUCAGAGAAUCCAUACUGGACAGAAACCUUUUGAUUGUAAUCAGUGUGGAAAGGCUUUUUCACAGAAGUCUACUCUUACUGUACAUCAGAGAAUCCACACUGGAGAGAAACCUUAUGAAUGUAAUCAGUGUGGAAAGGCAUUCAGAUAUAGAAAUAGUAUGGUUAAACAUCAGAGAUUCUGCAAUGUAGAGAAACCUUUUAAAUGUAAUCAGUGUGGAAAGGCUUUUUCACAGAAGUAUGGUCUUACUGUACAUCAGAGAAUCCACACUGGAGAGAAACCUUUUGAAUGUAAUCAGUGUGGAAAGGCUUUUACACACAAAUCUGGUCUUAUUGUACAUCAGAGAAUCCACACUGGAGAGAAACCUCAUGAAUGUAAUCAGUGUGGAAAAGCAUUCAGAUGUAGAAAGAGGCUGGUUGCACAUCAGAGAAUCCACACUGGAGGGAAACCUUAUGAAUGUAAUCAAUGUGGUAAAACAUUUGAAAAGAGAGCUUAUCUUACUCUACAUGAGAGAAUCCACACUGGAGAGAAACCUUUUGAAUGUAAUCAGUGUGGAAAGGCUUUUACACACAAAUCUGGUCUUACUGUACAUCAGAGAAUCCACACUGGAGAGAAACCUUUGGAAUGUAAUCUCUGUGGAAAAGCUUUUACAGAAAGGUCCACGCUUACUGCACAUCAUAGAAUCCACACUGGAGAGAAAGCUUAUGAGUGUAAUCAGUGUGGAAAAGCUUUUAUAUGGAGGAACAGGCUUAUUGUACAUCAGAGAAUGCACACUGGAGAGAAACCUUUUGAAUGUAAUCAAUGUGGUAAAACAUUUGCAAAGAGAGCUUAUCUUACUCUACAUCAGAGAAUCCACACUGGAGAGAAAUCUUAUGAAUGUAAUCAAUGUGGAAAGGCUUUUUCACAGAAGUCUGGUCUUACUGUACAUCAGAGAAUCCACACUGGAGAGAAACCUUUCGAAUGUAAUCAGUGUGGAAAGGCUUUUACACACAAAUCUGGUCUUACUGUACAUCAGAGAAUCCACACUGGAGAGAAACCUUUUGAAUGUAAUCAGUGUGGAACGGCUUUUACCCAGAAGGCUCGUCUUACUGUACAUCAGAAAAUCCAUACUGGAGGGAAGCCUUACGAAUGUAAUCAGUGUGGUAAAACAUUUGCAAAGAGAGCUUAUCUUACUAAACAUCAGAGAAUCCACAAUGGAGAGAAACCUUUUAAAUGUAAUCAGUGUGGAAAGGCUUUUAUAAGGAGGAGCAGUUUUACUGAACAUCAGAGAAUCCACACUGGAGAGAAACCUUUUGAAUGUAAUCAGUGUGGAAAGGCUUUCAGAGGUAGGGACGGUCUCAUAAUACAUCAGAGAAUCCAUACUGGAGAGAAACCAUAUAAAUGUAAUCAAUGUGGAAAGGCUUUCACAAAUAGGUCCGCUCUUACUGUACAUAAGAGAAUGCACACUGGAGAGAAACCUUAUGAAUGUAAUCACUGUGGAAAGGCAUUCAGAUGUAGAAAGAGUUUGGUUAAACAUCAGAGAAUUCAUACUGGAGAGAAACCUUUUGAAUGUAAUCUGUGUGGAAAGGCUUUUUCACAGAAGUCUCAUCUUACUGUACAUCAGAGAAUCCACACUGGAGAGAAACCUUAUGAAUGUAAUCAGUGUGGAAAGGCUUUUACAUACGAGUCUCGUCUUGCUGUACAUCAGAGAAUCCACACUGGAGAGAAACCUUAUGAAUGUAAUCUGUGUGGAAAGGCUUUUUCACAGAAGUCUGGUCUUACUGUACAUCAGAGCAUCAACACUGGAGAGAAACCUUAUGAAUGUAAUCAGUGUGGAAAGGCUUUUACAUACGAGUCUCAUCUUAAUGUACAUCAGAGAAUCCACUCUGGAGAGAAACCUUUUGAAUGUAAUCUCUGUGGAAAGACUUUUAUACAAAGGGGCAAGCUUACUGUACAUCAGAGAAUCCAUACUGGAGAGAAACCUUAUGAAUGUAAUCUAUGUGGAAAGGCUUUUACACAGAAGUAUAGUCUUACUGUACAUCAGAGAAGUCACACUAUAGAGAAAUCUUAUGACUGUUACCGGCUUAGUAAAGUCCUCAGUCAAAAGUCAACCCUUAUUUCCCCUCAGGCACUGCCAAGUCAGUAAACAACAGUCCUUGGGGGCAGCUGUGUGGACCCCAGCCAUACCUUUGGGAACUUUUGCUCUACUGAUGACACUGGGGUGAGGCUGCUCAUUAAAGGAAGAUUGCAGGACCCUCCACUGGCCCUGGACGUGGGGCCUCAGCACAUUGAUCAGACAUGGUCCCAGGCUGUGCCUAAUGGUGGGGGAGCGCACAAGUAAGAGCAAUGGUUUUGUCUUAUUUGGAAAUAAUCCAAUGCUAAGGUUUACAUAAUUCAAUCUGAAUCCCUUUCUUUUUCCCGAUGGAAUCAUGAGUAUGAUUACCACUUCAAUUUAGGAAGAUGAGAAAUAGAGACUGCUUGGUGCCUCAUACCAUGAGACUUCAGGGGCCUAGCAAAGGAGCUUCCAUGAUCUUCAGCUCAUAGUCUGCUAAAAGGUCUAGCUCAGAAAUUUCCUUAUUUCAAUCUGUGGAGCUCCUGAAAGGAUUCUCGGGUCAGCAUGAGUUGUAGGUGCUGAUUAAGCAACAAAUCUUGACCCAGAGCCAUAAACAAGUCCUGUCUUGAAGCUACAUAGGACAAGAGAGUUUCCAACAAAGCAAUCUGGUUUUACCACAGGUUCUAAAUAUGCUUCAUGGAGAAGAUGUCCACAAAGGCAUGCCAAACCUCAACAGCAUCAUCGUAGAGUCGGGCUGGCUGCAGAGCUCCCUCCUGAAUUUCACAGGUUGAGUUUUCCAUAUGAUAUCUCAGAAAUGAGGCAAGUCUAAGCAGGGGCUUUCUAAAGGUAUCAGAAAUAGAUCCAAGCUUCCAUCUUCCCCCAGUGAUAACAUUAACAAGGUUCUUUAGCAAGAGUUGUUUUCUGGUAAAAAGCAAAGGGAAUGUUGGCUCUGCCUUUUCCCCAUCAAUUAUCCUUAUUGGGAAGACUACUACAAAUGAUCUCAUGUAAUCUUGUGCUCUAGGCCUUUCCAUCUACUUUCCCUUUGAUAUUUGAUUGAUUUUUUUUCUUCAUGCCUAAAAGGAGAUAAACAACUUUCUCCUUCCAGAUUGAAUCCUUUUGGUGACAAACAAACCAAACCAGAGACAGUGAAUUCAGUCUCAUGGGCACAUCUCUCAGUGGGGGUAACCUACCCUGGGAGUCAAGUUCUGAUCCUCUGGGGAAGAGGGAGGUCUGAGACAGCCACUGUUUGAUAAAAUUGCUCAGAGAUCUUCUUGUGUCAGUCUUCCUAUUGACACUACUGGAAGCACUGAGUAUGAAUAAUAUAGACUGUAUGUGGUUCUACUGGCUCCAUCCAUUUCUUGCUAGAUGGGUACAAUGAGCAGUAAUUGGACUCCCACCCUAUUUGAGUAGCCCUUUACCCCUCCUAAAUCCAUGAUUUUACCCCUAGUCAGUAUAAUCCAGUUUAAAGACAUUCCAUAAGGUGGCUGAUUAUUUCUUGUGUAUUAAAAUAUAUUAUUGUACAUUGAGUCAGUUAAGGAUAAUCAACUAAUCCCAAUAUGUGUAACACAAUUCAUUAUAAGUGGGCAAGGAAGACUCCCAGACCUCCAGCCUGGAUGGUCUUAGUACUGUAGGAUAGAAAUCUUCUAAUGGGUUGGAAGGUCCCUGCAAAAUGUAAAAUGUCCCCUUGUUAGGAGUCUGUUGGCCAACAUUUGGGGAUUCUGUCUUCUCUUAACAUACAUUUGUAAGUCUAUUACUCAACAAUAGAGGUGGAGAUCUACUAGACCUUUACUCUAUGAACCUCAAAGUGACAGUGGGACCCCCAAGGAGAUUCUGUACUUAGUACUGUCCCAUCUGAACUCUCUGGGAUUUAUAGAUUAUAAACCUUGACUCUGAACAUGAAGUGAUCUCAGAUAGUGGCCAGGUCCAUUUAAUAAAUAGUAAUUGACUCAGAGCUCUGCCUCAGUGACUUUAUAGGUUAGAUCAUUUCUGGUAUUAUAUUAUGGUUACCCCUGAUAGGAUGAUGAGCUGUGGACCUUCCCUAGAUGCUCCAUCCCACUCCUCAUGGUACUAUUCCCCCUUUAAAAAAUAGGAAGCUAGUACCUGGAUGAAUUUUCGCCAUUGGCUCACCCACCAAGAAAGACUUGGGUUAGUGGGUCUCUACUGUUCCUACCCAAAUUCUCCAAGCUUAAGAUGUCUUCCCAAGGCUACAGAUUGGUGAGUUUACCUGAAAUUACUCCCCCACAACACCCCACAAAUUUAAAGGGGUAAAAGAAGGUCCCAAUUGUAUUAAAAGUGACUAUUUCCCCCAUAUGUUAGUAUAUAUAAUUUGAACUUGUGAACCUUAAAAUUUCUUAGACUUAUGAAAGUUGGAAAUUUCACCAUUGGAAAAUUUCAUACUUGGAAAAAAUUUCCUACUGAUAGUAAGAUCUCUAUUGGAAUGUGAACGCCCUUGGCACGGGAGGAUCUUUCUCCUCCCUACUUAAGAUUACUUUAGGACAGAAACCUUUUGCUGAACAAUGGAAAGUGCUUUGACCUAUGCUUAAGCAUAGAACAGGAAGUUCUUUGAGUCAUGAUUGAUUUUAGAAUUUAUACAAUAGUGAUACUUGGAAUGACAGAACCUUCCAAUCUCUACCCUACUCAGGGUAACAGGAUUUAAGAAGGGCUGCAGCAAAGGAUCAAGAUUUAAUUAUUUGAUAAUAUGACCUUCAACAGACAUGUGCAAAGCCACAGACCUCUGGGCGGUCCUGGGUUAAGCUAGAGCCACCAUUGGCAUAGGGAAGACAUGGACAGUGAUUGGUAGAUGUGAGAACUGAGGGGAGGGAACUUGGAUGGUUUCCUUAAAGAUAGCGGGGUCUGAGGACUGGGGAGGUUGGAGAGGUUUUGCUCUGAGAGGUUGUGCUCUGAGAAGCUUGCUCUGAAGGAAGCUGGAGGUGGAGGCCCCUGAGACUGUUUCUCCAUUUUGGUCACGUGAGUGAUAGGGACUGAUCUUUUUUCUUUACUUCAGCUAUCUAAGGGCUUGGGCCUUUUGGCCCAGCCUAAACUGAGGGGGUAUUUAAGCCCUAUUCCUUUCUCUCCCCUUUCUCUUUCUCUCUCUCUCUCUCUCUCUCUCUCUCUCUCUCUCUCUCUCUCUCUCUCUCUCUCU